AUGACCGACCUACUCGAGAAUACCACCAUCACAAAUAAAAUGGCCGAUUUUGACGCUAAGACCCAGUUGGUAAAGGGGAGCCUGCCCUGGACGCGCCGCGUCGCAUACAAUGUCCAAAUCCGGGCAAUACAAGCGACCCUGACGACCUUCGACUGGUUGGGCUCAUUCACCAGAACUUCAGCCAACGCGCCCAAUGUUGUCAAGACAUACAAUGUGAGAGGUCAUUUGCCUGUGCGCAUUUUUCUUCCUUCUUCCUAUGAAGCCGGCUCAUCCAAGCCCCUUCCAACACUGUUUACUAUUCACGGUGGUGGUUUUUGCAUAGGCUCCUCCCAGGAUGAUGAUGCCUGGAACCGUUCCUUUUCCGACACCCAUUCCGUCUUGGUCAUUGCAUUGAACUACAGCAAAGCCCCAGCAGCCCCCUUCCCUACUGGCUUAGAUGAUCUUGUCUCGCUAUACCACGCCGCUUUGGAUGAUGAGUCUCUCCCCAUUGACAAGGCAGACGGCGGACGUGUCGCCAUCUGCGGGUUCAGCGCAGGCGGCAAUCUGAGCCUGGGCUUGUCUCAGCGCCUGCUCCAGUCUGACCACUGCGCUUGUCCUCCUCGUGCAACUAUCUCUGUCUACGGCGCACUUGAUCUUAGCCGUUCCCCAGAGGCAAAACUUAGUACGCGUCAGUACAAAGUGGAUGCCAGUCUCGGCUCCCCGCGCACGUCCGCACGCGAUCUCCUCCUCAGCAUGGCCCCGCUCUUCGAUUGGAGUUAUCUGCCCGAUGGACAGGACCUGCGAGACCCUCUCUUGAGCCCUGGCCCGUACGCUGAUCCAGAUGAUCUUCCUCCCCAUGUUUUCAUCAUCGCAUCGGAAUUGGACAUGUUGGCAAAGGAGAGUCUGGAGUGUGCAACCCGUCUAGCCCGCGCAAGAGGAGGCUCGGGAAUAUCGGACGCUGGUUCCGAGCUUUCUCGCUGCGGGCGUUCAGAACCUGGAAACCCUGGGGAGCUGGAGCUGGAAGAUAAGCGAUUCGCUUGGCAGGAAACCUUUUCUGAUGGCAGCGUCAGAUGGCUCCUGGUGCCGGAUGUCCUGCAUGGUUUCGACAGUCUACCCAUGCGUGAGAGGGUUGGAGACAAAGAGACGAUAAAGGAUGCAGAGCUUAAGACAAAAGCGUACUGCAACCUGCUAGGUGACUGGCUUCUUAACACUGUUUUCGAUGCUUGA